GUAGAGAAGAACGGGACGGCCUUCCACAGAGGCAAGAGUCUCACCCUACAGCAGCUUGGAGGCACUCCGACUGCCUUGCCGCUUGAGAGAUCUAACAAGCCAAAGCCAGUCAAUUUUACUAAAGACGAAAUUCGAUACCUGUCUUGGAACGCAGGAGCGCUGACUACAGCAGUUUGGGAAGAGUUACUCUCCCUUCUCGAGACGGAUGCAUAUUCAGAUGUGAAGCUUGUGGUAGUACAGGAAACUCAUUGGAGAGGUAGCUGGCAGUUCAGCAAGUCCUGCUGGCACGUGGUCAGCUCUGGCACGCACAACGAACAGGGGGCUGGCGUUCUGAUCAUGGUGCAUAGAAGUCUAUGCAAGGCGAAGGAUGUUCGCUUCAAUGAGAUCUUGCCAGGCACGCGGACCGGGGAAGAGUUGCUCUCCCUGCCGUCAGUUUCCGGUGGCCAGCUGGCGCGACGGCAGCCGCCAUUUCCCUCUCCUAGGGACAGAGCCUUCCUGGGAACUUCUCCGGCAAUCUAUGGAGAAGGCGAUGCAGACGGAGUUCCCAAAGAAGAGAACCGUGCAUCGCCGCUUCAGCGCGGGUCUGUGGGAAUAUCGCAGGCUGAGGCUAAGAGCGGGAGUCACUCCCUCUAUAAAGUCAUACGUAUGACCUCAUCAGAUGUCAUGGACCAGCUUCGGUCCAUCAAGUUGGGUAAGGCGUUUGACAUGGUCGAUCGUCGACGAUUGCGAGAACCACUGGAGCUAGCAGAAGCGGACCCCUUCCUCAUAGACCUGGUGGGUAAACUGCACAUAGAAGCUCUUUGCGACAUGACAGCCAGUGAUCAGGCCUUCAGUAUAGCCACUAGACGUGGCAUCAAGCAAGGGUGCAAACUGGCGCCGUCCUUAUUCGCAUUUGCCACAUUUCUUCUUUUCCGCAGACUGGGUGAGCAGUGUGACAUAGCAACAUUGAAGCGAAUACUCACAAUGUAUGCGGAUGACACGCUUCUUCAAAUGCACUUUGACGAUAGACAACAACUACUAGACUCGCUCCACCUAUGCGACCUGCUACUGGAUCAGCUCAUGGAGCUCGGUUUCAAAGUGAAUCCGGAAAGAUCGGCGCUGCUUCUUCAGAUGCACGGGGGCUCAGCGCAACAGAUCCGGCAAAGCCUCUUAACCCCCUCUGGCAGGCUGAUUGCGCUUAAAAAUCAGGUUCCUUACCUAGGAAUCAUUAUCUCUUACCAGGAUUACGAGAUGAAGUCUCUCCGACAUCGCCUACAAGCCAGCAAAGCUGCCUUAAAGGAAGUGGCCCAUGCAGUCCGGAAUAGCCGAGCCAUCACGGAAAAGCGCAGACUGUCGAUCUGGCGCAUCACCGCCUGGGCGUCGGCAAUGUACGGCCUUCAUGUGGUGGGCUUGACACCGCAAGGGCUGGCCCAACUUGAGUCACACAUGAUUUUUCAGCUGCGUUUCGUCCUGAGGAGCUACUCCCAGGAAACGCACGAGAACAAUCAGCAGUUCAUGCAGCGCAGAGGCUUCAAGACGGCCAAAGCCCAGGUGCUGAAGCGUUUGAGUCAGUUCAUGAAACGUCAGCACAAAGGCGAUAAAGUCAUGAGCAGCGUUCAGCAGAUCAUCACACCACGACUUCAGCUUCAUAAGGUCGAUGCUCCCGGCCGGCACUCCGAGCAGUGCGCUGGACAUGCGAUGGGAAUCAACAAGAUGCAGCGGAGUCUGCUGCUGGGAGACGCGGUCUCCAAUGGAGGUACGCAGGAGAUGGUAAGAACAGCAGUCCCAUUCGACUCCUGGAGUCACCGCUUCGAGCUGGUGUGGUCCAUCUGGGGGAGGAGCCCACCUCAGGGCAUUACAGCAAUUGCUAUCUCUUGCUACUCGAGCCUGACAGCUACCAAGAAUCAUGUUUUCAUUCAGGUGAGUUUGUCUAGGCGUUGCCGAAAUGUCACUGGAGGAUUUCUUUCGUGGUUCGCCAAUCAGCAGAAGGUGAACAGGGGGGUAAAUAGGCAAGGUUGGAUCGCGCCGGCGUUAGCAGCAGUGCUCCUCCCAGUUUUGGCAGCGCUGUAUCAUGAGACAGAGGUUCCGGCCGGUAGUGAGUCACUCCCCGGCUCGUACAUCACGCAGGUGCAGACUUUGAUCGAAACGAAGAUGGUGAAGAUCAAAGCACAGUUGUUUCUUCUUGCGGCGGAGAUACUCCCCGCGGACAAGCUCAAGCGCCUGCACUCGUACUGCGAGACCCUGAGGGGGUACGAUGAGUGGCAGGAGAUCAAGCUGCAGCGGAGACACUCCCUCGGCCAGCUGGCGAUGAUGUACUAUGCGAUGGCUAAGUCGCGUGAGCCCACCGAACUGGGCUGGUCGAGGUUGGCGGGCUUCCUCUACGAUUUGGAAGGCGCUUCCCGUGAAACCCACAUUCUCGGGCAUACGCAAUCCUUGCUACCCCAUGACAUUCGCCAGCAGUUCGAGGUGAACGCUGAGGUCACGCGUCAGGGCUUUUUCAAGGAAGACGCUGUGUUCAAUGCGGCGAUAGCGGAGUGGGACCUCAAGCUCAGUGAACUCCUUGGAGGAGGCACCCCCAAGAGCGGUGGAGUAACUGCCGAGGGAGGCCUCGUUGGAGCCUUGGAAGGCCUUACUACAUUCCCGAGGAGUUCGGAGGGGGAAGCUCCAUCGGAGCAACGCUCGCCAGCAGACGUGUAUGCCGGUUCGCUGAACAGAAUCUUGGAGGAGCCAGUUUCGGUCUAUGCGCAGAGUGAUACUGUCUUUCGAGCGUGUCUACAGUUGCAAAAGUAUCUGAUCGAGCCCAUCGACAGACCCAUCACGGGGGACAUGCAUCCAGCUGAGUUAAUAGCGAACCAGUGCCUGAGUGCAGGGGAAGCAAAAUGGGCGGAUCUUCUCCGCAUAGCUCAGCUCCUGCCGCAACCGCGGCAAUCAAGAUUCCCGCAGCACACACGAGCCGGAGAGCUCGCUCCAGUGACUUUCACCACAGGAGCCUGCGCGCGGGGGCCUAUCGUUGGCAUCACCCGGCACAUGAAGGAAUAUCCAAGAGUUACACAGGUCUUAGCCAUGAUCAUUCAGGCCAUUGACCCAGAGCACAGAUUCAGCUCUUGCACACUAUCUCUCAACACGGGAGCCUCUGCACAUCGCGACAGUCAUAAUGCUCGUGGAAGCAGCAACCUUCUCGUUCCCUGCUCCAUCUUCGAAGGAGGCGGAAUCUGGCUUCAGAAUGACAGAGGGAGUGUUCGCCUGGAGGCUGAUGGACCUUUGGGCAGCAUCAUGGAUGCACCUGCUUACGCUGGCUCCCAGAAUCACCAUUCACGCACGCAACAUGUCCACUCAGCAGAGAACUACUUCCACAGUAGUAGACUAGGAGGAAUGUCACAGCAGGAUGACUCCUACCGCGCGGAGUACGCGGCCUACUCAGCGCGCCGGGCCGCGGACGGAUUGCCCAAGGUUUCUUAUAGAAACUAUUUGCGGCAAUGGCGCCGCUCGGAGGAAGGGCACGCAGCACGAGGUGAGCCUCCCAUAGAGAAGGGAGGGAAGGGCGGCAAGGGUGGAGUGACUCCCCCACCGCCUCCCCCAAAGAGGCGACAAGAGGUAGCUGAGGGUGGAGAUGCUCCCCCUGCAGUCAAGGCCAAAGGUGGAGAUACUCCCCUUGAGACUGCGAGGGCUCAGUCAGUGCAGCAGCAAGUCCUGGAGAGUCAAGAAAGGAAGGCUUCCAAAGUGCUGGAGGAUCCUGAAUUUCCGGAUUAUGUUCCUUCCUGUGGUGGCACCAUCGCGGACAUCAACCAAGGACGACUGACUGUUGCGGCCACCAAGAAGCUCAUCGAGGGCCUUAGCCCGUGUCAAGAGCCCAACACGGACAUCGCCAAUGCCCUCAUAUCGUCAUUUCUCCGUACAAGGAAAGGCCUGGCGGGGGAGGACCUCUCCUCGAAACUUGGCAGCGCCGUCGCCUUCCCAGUGGUGUACGACAUCCGUGGCAGCCUCAAGGCAGGCGUCAGAGUACUUGAUGGAGCGGGCAGCCUUGAGCUGCCCCUGCAAGCAGCGCGAUCAGCCUUCGAAGCGCUCGGACUUGGGGGUCGUUUGUCAGUGCAUGUGACGUCUGUGGGAUCCUCGGGUGGAGAAACUCCCCUGGGAACAACAAAGAGUGGAGAUACUCCCUCGAGCUCCUCUGAGAUGGUACCACAUGAGCCCUCUCUUCCCUCCAGUGGAACAGCCCGAGGAAGUGGGGCCCUAGCAACUGUCGAGGAGACGCCCCCGGAGAUCCAGGAAUGGCUUGGCGAAGAGGGAUCGCUUGGAUCCUUUCGGGAAUCUGCGAAGAACCCAGAGAGCCCGCUGGCAUUUGAGAUCUCCAAAGGUCUUGCCGCAUGCCUUCGUCAUCACCACAAGCCGCGCAUACACGUCAACGAAGCGGGGUGGGCACGACUGUCCGAGGUGCUCUUUUGGCCUCGUAUUGCUGAGACCUCCGCCUCCGCCGGGGACAUUUUGGAGGUGGUUCGAAGCAAUGGAAAACAGAGAUAUCAACUGGGCCUCCAAGUUGAUGGCCCUUAUUAUAUUCGGGCCGUACAAGGUCAUUCUAGAACAGAGGUUGGCGAAGAGAACUUGUUGGAGCCAGUGUCGGAGGAGCAACUCCCCGACACGCUGUUGCAUGGCACCUCUUGGAAUGCUUAUGAAAGCAUCCAGCAAAGGGGGCUUCUUCCUGGCAGGUCGCAGACUUCAGGCGGCAAAGGAGGCCGUAAGGGAGGCAAGUGGCGCGAGGGACGACAACAUGUGCACUUCUUUAGCGACGCAGGUGGUGUCUCUGGUCAGAGGGAGGGCUCCACCAUGCUGGUGAGAAUCUCAACCCGCAAAGCAUCUGAGCAAGGCGUCAGAUUUCUCAUCAGCCGAAACGGAGUGUAUUUGACGCCAGAUGAGGUGCCGCCGGUAUGCAUCACCAGCUUCCAGUCCCUGCGCACUGGUGAUCUUUAUGACCGGGACGGCGAGCGCAUUCAAAGCUCAGGUUAG